UGUCUGGACAAAGCAUUUGUUUAGCAAAGUGCUUGGAUAAUAUGUAGUUUGGACACGAAAUGUAUACAAACUGCCUCAGAGCUACAAUGAGAUCGGAUAAAUCGUUUUUAUCAUUGGAUUUAAUUCUGAUAUGGAUAUUUUCAGCUUUAUCGAUAUCAACGAUCAAAGCUGGGCUGGACAGCAGGCCUGUUCAUGAAUGUCCGCUGGGUCACUUUCCAUGUAGGAAUGUGAGCAUUUGUCUGCCACAGGUUCUUCACUGUGAUGGCCAAAACGACUGUCCUAAUGGAGCUGAUGAGGACAACUGUGGGGAUAACAGUGGUUGGGCAGACCUCUUUGACCGGACAUUUAGACAGGUUUUUCCGCAAGAACUUGCAACAGACUGCCAUGUGGAGCAGUUCCCUCAUCGCUGUCAGUGCAUUAAUACAGAGGUUCACUGCGUGCGUGUCAGCUUGAAGUCCAUUCCGCAGGUGUCAACAAACGUUACCUCCAUGUCCUUGAAGAGCAAUGACAUUCGCAUAAUACCUGAUGAGGCUUUCAUCAAAUACAUCCAUCUACAGAGACUAUUCCUCCAGGAUAAUUGCAUUGGCACUGUUUAUCCUGAGGCGUUUACUGGGUUAUACAGACUGCAGAAACUGUCACUGAGCCAGAACUGCAUCUCUUUGCUUCCUCCUGACGUGUUCCGUGAUCUUCAUAAACUCAAGUGGCUAAUUUUGGAUGACAAUCCUAUCGCAACAAUUACAGUAAACACAUUUACCGGCCUGAAUUCCCUGUUUUUCAUAUCAAUGGUGAACACCUCUAUGGAACAGCUGCCUUCUGCCAGACUCUGCACCCACAUGCCCAUCCUCAGCUGGCUGGACUUUGAGGGCAACCGCAUAAAGACUGUGGGCAUGUCAACCUUUCUCACUUGUGAACAUCUAACCGUGCUAUCACUGAGAGAUAAUCUCAUCAAGACUUUGCCAGAGAACACUUUUCAGGACCUGCACAUGCUGGGAGACCUGGAUUUGUCCAUAAACCGACUACAGGCACUGCCAGUCAGUAUUUUCAGGGACUUGUCUUCAUUGCAAAUUCUGAAUCUAUCCCAAAACCCAAUGGACCACAUUCACCCACAUCAAUUUGACCAUCUACUUCAGCUUCAAUCUCUUGGCCUGGAGGGAGUAGAAAUACCAAACAUCCAGACGCGAAUGUUUGUGCCAAUGGCUAACCUUUCCUACAUAUAUUUCAAGAAGUUCCAGUACUGCUCUUACGCCCCACACGUGCGCAAGUGUAAACCCAACUCAGAUGGUCUCUCGUCUUUUGAAGAUCUGCUGGCUAACGUUCUCCUGCGUGUAUUUGUCUGGGUCAUGGCUUUCGUCACCUGUUUCGGGAACCUUUUCGUCAUUGGGAUGCGUACGGUCCUGCGGGCCGAAAACAACCUGCAUGCUCUGUGCAUUAAAGUUUUGUGCUGUGCAGAUUGUCUGAUGGGGGUCUAUCUGUUCUUUGUGGGGGUCUUUGAUUUGAAGUUUCGCGGCGAGUACAACAAGAACGCUAAGCUUUGGAUGGACAGCCUGGAGUGUCGCGUCAUUGGCUUCCUGGCUAUGCUGUCCUCUGAAGUUUCCGUCAUGCUGCUCACUUACUUGACCAUAGAAAAAUUUCUGGUCAUUGUUUUUCCUUUUAGCCACUUGAGACCAAGCAAGCGUCAAACAUUCGCUGUCCUGAUCUCUAUAUGGCUCCUGGGUAUCUCCAUAGCUGCAGUGCCUCUGCUCAGUGAAGAGAUGUUUGGAAAUUACUAUGGACACAAUGGAGUGUGUUUUCCCCUUCAUUCAGAGCGUCUGGAAAAGCCCAUUGCUAAAGGAUAUUCCACCUGCAUUUUUCUUGGACUUAACCUGGUGGCCUUCGUCAUCAUUGUCAUCUCCUACUCCAGUAUGUUUUACUCAAUCUACAAGACAGGCAUCAAUGCCACGGAGCUGCGCGGUCGGAGGCACAGGGAUGUGGCCAUGACCCACCGUUUCUUCUUUAUUGUGUUCUCUGAUGCCCUCUGCUGGAUUCCUAUAUUCCUGGUCAAAAUCCUCUCGCUCCUACAAGUUGAGAUACCAGGAACCAUCACGUCAUGGGUUGUGGUCUUCAUCCUCCCCAUCAACAGUGCCAUAAAUCCCAUCCUGUACACGCUGACCACCAGCUUCUUCAGAGAGCAGGUGGAACUUUUAUGGUGCCAUUGGCAGAGGCAACCGAAGCUCAAAACGGACCGCAAAAGCCUCACCAGUUCUGUCAUGUACAUGGACCCAUCCAGAUCUUCCUACUUCCAUCGCAGCUACAUUCCACAGACGUCUAUCUUAGGCAUAAAUGCCAGCUAUACAUGAAGGUGCCCUGCAUAAGCAGAUGGAGUUAAAAAAGCGCAGGAGACUUUAAAGAUGUUUUUAAGCUCUUUGGUGUUCCACUGGAAACGUCUUAGUUUCAUCGACUGAGAUCUGAGCUGUCACGUCGUAGGCUCC